UCGCAGCGACGCAGGGUUUGUCCGCAAACAUUAUGAUCUUUGCGAAUCCCGAAAAUAAUAAUUGAGUGUUGGUCGUUCAUUAGACUUCCUACAGCCGGACUUCCCAGGAGUUUUCCUCCACUUAGCAUUAGAUCAACAGACUGAUCAUUCAUCGUCAUGUCUCUAUCGUACCUGUUCUCGAGAAAUGCCUGCCAAAAUGUGGGCGCAUUCUGCCGACGGCUGUCAGGUGAUGUGACGAAAGAGAAGCUUUUCAAGUUACGCCAGCAAUCCGGCCUAGGACUGGACAAGUGCCGUGCGGCGCUUAUUGACAAGCAAGGUAAUAUAGAAGAGGCGGCCGCUUUCCUGAAGGAAGAAGCCAAGAAACAUGGCUGGGAGCGCAUGGAGAAGCUGAGCUCUCGCCAGAGUGCGCAGGGUUUGCUCGGUGUAGUGCACAGUCAAGACAACCAAUCCGUCAGCAUUGUGGAGGUGACCUGCGAAACGGAUUUUGUUCAGCGUAACGAGCGUUUUGUCGACCUAGUUCACGAUGCAGCCAUUUCGUUUCACAAACAUAGUCAAAGCGCAACAUCCGUUGGCCCCAUGAUGGCCAUUGGAAACUAUGGAUUUGAUCAGCUACGCGACCUACCAUUGAUCAAGGGUGGUGCAAAUCUCGGAGAUCACUUAGCAGAAUGUGUCGGUGUGAUUGGAGAGAAUGUCGUGCUGCGUCGUGCUAUGACGGUUACUUCACCAUUGCUGGCAUCAUAUGUACACUCAGUUGCAGUGCCAGCACGGGAUGAAUGCCAGUUUGGUCAUAUCUGCACCAUUGCCGAUUUGGAGUCGGCUCCAGCUGACAAGGCUUUCGGAGAUGAGGAGAGGAAGCUUGGCCGUCAGCUCUGUCAGCAUCUGCUCUCGAUGAACUCAGAGAACCCAGGACUGGAGAAUGUUACUCGUCCGUACAACAUGGAGAAAGUACUGGAAGCUCACAAGCAGACCCUAGCAGACAGCUUUGUACUGGACGAGUCGCUCACUGUGCAGGAAUUGUUGCAGAACAAUGGACUCGCGCUCGGUGGAUUUGUACGCUUUCAAUUGGCUGAGGAUAUGUAAGAAGCUAGUCUAUGGACUUGUAGUAUUCAUCUCAGUGGCAGUAUGGUGUAUGUGCUGCAGGGCGCAGUGACCAAGUCAUCAGAACAUUAGUGGUCCUGGUGCGCUCUCAGGCGCUUUAAAAACUAGGCCGCUGCUCCAUGAUGAUAAUGUUGCUGCCAGCUGUGCCCUGCCCUGGUGCACAUGCUGUCAUGUGUCUGUCAUGGGUCACUUUGCAUGUUCCUUCUGUUAUCGAACAUGGAACGCAGCACUGUGUGAUUUGCUCAUUUAGCAAGUCUUGUAUAUUCUAGAUUAUGAGCCUAGUAGGCACUGCAGAUAAUCCCAGGUAUGGGUGUGCAACACGGAGAGCAAGCAUUCUGCUUUUUCCUUCUCUAGGCUCACGGAAUUAGAACCUAUGAAAUUUCUCAAGAUCACCCACACUUGUUGGUAUAUACUUCGAAGUAGCUGCGGCAUCUUAUCAGAUCUAGUGCGGCUAUUUCAAAUUUCUUGGCCCGUUUUCGGCAGACUUUCUUUUUCAAUGAAGUAAUAGUAAUUUAUAGGUACUUAUUCA